UGGCGUCCUCCGUGGGGUCCACGGGGAGGGCGCCUUCCUCAAGUACUUAGCCUGGCCAGGGAUGGACAGACGGACGCCCCAGGCUUGCUCUAGACCCCGGCAGACAGAGUCACUGGACACCCCCAUCCUCCCGCGAGAGCCCUCCCUGACCACAGGACCGACGGGCUCCCGGGCCCCCUCCCAGGCCAGACUCGCAGAGUCCAGAGUUGGCUGCCUUUGAGCUCCUGAGGCCGCAUGGUUUACUCCAGACUCCCGUCUCCACCGCCAGACUCGAGGGCUCCAGUUUGCUCUUGACAGCCUCCAAUCUCACCCCAGCUGAGGCUUCACCGCUGUCCUGGCAGCUGGGAGUUUCCCUCUGAAGAGUGAUCACCUGGCCUCCGGUGAAAGUCCCAGGGCCUGGUGGGGUGGGGGCUGCCUGUGACCCGGUGGCUGGAGUCUGGCCCUGCCUGACAUCUCCUCUGCAGGGACCCUAGCCCCAUCAUGGACCCAGAGUGCGCCCGGCUCCUCCCGGCUCUCUGUGCCGUCCUGGCAGACCCCAGGCAGCCCGUGGCAGAUGACACUUGUUUGGAGAAACUGCUGGACUGGUUUAAAGCAGUCACUGAAGCAGGGUCCAGUCUCCUGUUACUGCAGGAAAACCCCUGCCUGGUGGAGCUGCUCUUCCAUGUGCUGAAGCCCCAGGACCUGAGUUCCAGAAUCCUGUCCUUCGCACUCCGCCUCGCAGGGACGUUUGCAGCCCAGGAGAACUGCUUCCAGUACCUUCAGCAGGGGGAGCUGCUGCCCGGGCUCUUUGGGGAGCACGGCCCCCUCGGGGCAGCGGCCUGGGCGGCCCCCACCGUGCGCAGCGGCUGGAUCCAGGGCCUGCGCUCCCUGGCUCAGCACCCCAGUGCCCUGCGCUUCCUCGCCGACUCGGGUGCUGUUGACACCAUCUUCUCCCUGCAGGGAGACCCCAGCCUGUUCGUGGCCUCCGCUGCCGGGCAGCUGCUGGUGCACGUCCUGGACUUGGCCAUGCGUGGCCCCGCCAAGGGGCAUGGCCGCCUGCAGGCCCAGGACUGGCCGGCUUGUGCCCAGAGGAUCGUGUGUCACCUCGAAGACUGCCUGUGCUCCGAGGCCGCCCCGCGGGUCACGCAGGCCCUGCACGUGCUGACUACCGCGUUCGGGCACUGCCACGGCCUCUGGACGCAGGGCCUUUGGGUGCAGCUGAGCCCCCUCGUGGCCCGCCUGCUUGAGAAGGACCCCAUGCCAGCCCCCCACGCGCUCGUGGAGCUCCUCCUCAGCGUGGCCCGCUCUUCUGUGCCCAGCUCUAACCCUGGCCUGUGGGAGACUGCAGCACAGACCCUCAGCCGCCUGAGCCCCAUGCAGGCAGGGCCUCUGGCUGCGGGGAUCCUGAAACUGCAGGACUGUCCCCAGGCGCUGAGGACCCAGGCCUUCGGUAUCCUCCUCCGGCCCCUGGCCUGUGUCCUGGAAGCCACUGCUCAGGCCCCUGGAACACCAGGCUUGCUGGAGGGGGCCGCAGGCGACCCGAUGGCCGUGGACAUGCUCCCGCCCUCCAAGUCGGCGUGCGUGGGUCUCCUGUGUAGCACGCUGGCCCACCUGGAGCUGCUGCAGCCCCUGCCCCAGCGCCCCUCGCCCUGGCCCCAGGCGCCCCUGCUUGCGGCUGCGGUGACGAUACUGCGGUUCUGCAACGGCUCUGCAGCCCCCAGCUCCGAGGUGGGGGGCCGCCUGUGCGCGAUGCUGGUGGGCUGUGUCCGCGUCCAGCGAGCUGCCCUGGAUUUCCUGGGGGUCCUGUCUCAGGGGCUGGGCCCACGGGAGUUGGUGACGCAGGUGUUUGCCGUCCUGCUGGAGUACCUCAUGAGCCCUGACUCCAGCCCCACGGUUCUGAAGAAGGCCUUCCAGGCCACACUCCGCUGGCUCCUGAGCUCAGCUGUGCCCCCCGGCUGCUGUGACCUAGAGCCCCGUGCCCAGCUGGUUCUCAGAGAGCUGCUGGCUGUGCUGCAGAAGCGCCUGUGUAGCCCCUGCUGGGAGGUGAGGGACUCGGGCCUUGAGUUCCUGACCCAGAUGACCAGACGCUGGGGAGGGCAGGCCGGCUUCAGACAGACACUGCUGGCCUCGGAGGUGCCCAAGCUUGCCAGCCAGCUUCUGCAGGACCCCGAGAGCUACGUCCGUGCGAGCGCAGUGGCCGCCGCAGGGCAGCUGUCCAGCCAGGGGCUGCUCGCCGCCCCCUCCAGCCCUGAGCACCCGGCCGGCCCACAGAAGACCCCACUCGAGGAGCUUCUGCUUGUCCUGACCACGGACUCGGAGGGGUUCCCCCGGCGGGCCGCCAUGCGGGUCUUCACGGAGUGGCUGCGGGACGGCCACAUGGCCGUGGCGGAGGACCGGGAGCGGUUCGUGGCCCGAGUGUUGCAGGCGGCGAGCGGGGACCUGGACUGGGAGGUGCGCGUCCAGGGCCUGGAGCUGGCGCUGAUAUUCCUGCAGCAGCUGCUGGGCGCCCGCAGCCCCGGGGCAGCCCCGCCCGGCGCGCUGGCCCAGGCCCUGCGGGCGCUCUGCCGGGUCCAGCUCUUCGAGUUCGCCUUCCGGUCCUUGUUUGACUGUGACCGCCCUGUGGCCCAGAAGUCCUGUGACCUCCUCCUCUUCCUGAGGGCCAAGGCUGCUCCCUCCAGCAGCCCGCAGGAGGCGGGGGACAGUCCCGACGUGGCCCCCGUGGAGGCCGCCCUGCAGAGGUGGCGGGCCGGUGAACAGGGUCAGCCCCUGGGGGAGCUGGCACCCGAGGCCGUCCUGGCCGUGCUGAGGUCCAUGGACCUAGAGGCCCUUCGGGACACCCUGGCCGAGAGCAGUGAUCACGUGGAGAGGAGCCCCCAGUCGCUCCUGCAGGACGUGCUGGCCGCCGUGGGCGUCCUGGGAGAUAACGAGGCCGACUGCUACUGAUCGGCUGGGCGGCGCCUCCCCGGGACCCUGUGGCCCCACGGCCCUUCCUCAGGCCCUGCCCUGCUGGGGACCCUGGUCUGGCCAGGGCACAGGGGACCCUCGAGGGGAUCCAGGACCAGGCGAGCCCAGCAAGGUCAAAGAGUCCCCAUUUUGGUGCAUUGUUGAAGAAAUGGCUUAUUUUCUACACAAAAUAAAUGUCC